AUGGAAAAGGGUAAAGUGGUUGUGUUGGACAAUGGAGGAGCCACGUGCAAGAUAGGCUUCGGAGGGGAGGCGGAACCGGUGAAGGUCAUACCUAACUUCGUGGCGAAGGCCAAGAGCUUGAAACGGCCGUUCGUUGCUGACCUAGUCGACACGUGUCCCGACAUCAAGGGUUUGGGCGUGCUGAGGCCCGUUGACCGGGGCUACGUGGUCAACUGGAACCUGCAGCGAACCAUCUGGGACAGAGCCUUCUCCGGUAUUCUCAAGGUGCAACCGUCCAGCGCGUCCCUAUUGGUAUCAGAGCCGCUCUUCAGCCUGCCGGGCAUCCAGCGCAGCAUGGCGGAACUCGCCUUCGAGCACUUUGCCGUCCGCUCCUACCUCCCCGUCCCCUCCCCUGUGCUCGCGUAUCGCCAUGAGGUGUGUGUAUUCCUCUUGCUCUUGCUCCUCUCCAUCCCACUGUGCUUGCGUGCUGGCAUGAGGUCGUCGGUGCUCCUUGACUCACCACCAGCACCACCAAUUCCAUCAUUACUUGCCACGUCAUCAGCCGCUGCUGCCAGCUCAGCAAUGGCGCUGGAGGCGGGCUGUAGCGUGGUGGUGGAUGCCGGCUUCUCCUUCACGCAUGCCGUUCCCAUCUGGAACAACAGACCGCUGCUGCAGGCUGUCAGGCGCAUGAACGUGGGCGGCAAGGCGCUAACGAACGUGCUAAAGGAGGCGGUGUCAUACCGUGCAUGGAACAUGAUGGAUGAGACACUCAUCAUGGAUCAUGCCAAGGAGCAGCUCUGCUUCGUAUCGCUCUUCCCCACACGCCACCUGCCUUUAGCCAGGAAACGGGAUGCCAGCAACAUAUUCCGGGCAGAGUACUUGCUGCCCGACGGGGUGACUCUUCUGCGCGGGCAGGUGAAAGACCGUGCAGCAGCGACGCGGGCAGUGAAGGCCCAGGAGGAGCUGUGGGAGCAACAUAUGGCUGAGGAGGUGGAGGAGGUUGAGGAGGCAAGGGGAACGAGAGGGAGGAAACGAGGUGGGGCUUUGGUAGAGGGCAGGAUGAGGCGUGGAAGCGAUGUGGUGGAUAGAGGGGAGGAAGACGGGGAGAUGGGGAGGAAGAGAGGGAGAAGCGGGUGGGAAGGGGAGCGGGGGGAUGAGGAGGGAGGUUGGGGCCAGCAGCAAGGCGGCAGGGAUGGGGAUGGUGGGGUUGCUGGUGGGGAUGAUGAGGAUGAGGAAGACGACGAGGAGGAUGAGGAUUGGGAUGAGAGAAAAGGGCGAGGCAAGGCGAAGGGUGGUGCUGGUGCUGCCGGUAGUGGUGAUGGUAUCAGUGGUGGCGCUGGUGGUGGGGAGAGUGCUGUGAGGCCACCACCAGCCAACAGCAGAGGCACUGGUGGCGGCGGUGGUGGUUCGGGCAACAGGAAUGGAGGAAGCAGCAGCGAGCAGCCGGUGAGUGCAGUGGUGGAAGCGGGGGAGGGGGGGAUGGUUGUCAUUCCGGCAGGAGAGAGAAUGGAGCCUCAAGACGUCUCCUUUUCCAUUCACAGAGGACGGAGAGAUAAUUUUGUACUGCCGAACUUCCCUUCCCUCACUGACGUUGCAACGCUUCAUGCUUCAUGCAAAGAGCAUGGCCUGGGCCUCAUCCACUUCCUUGAGGAGGCUCAAGAUAGGCUCUUCCUCUUUCACUCAAACGUUUUUUUCCCUCAUCUCCUCUCCCUCCACCUUCCCUUGCCGCGCCCCCUCCAGGAGCUAUCACUGGCAUCAGAGCGCUUCAUGGUGCCAGAGGGCCUCUCCCUCUCCACAGAGCUAUCACUGGCAUCGGAGCGCUUCAUGGUGCCAGAGGGCCUCUUCCACCCCUCCGACCUGGGAGUCAGCCAGGCAGGGCUGGCGGAGACCAUAGUGGCGGCUGUGAGCGCUGCUCCUCGAGUCAUCCACCCCCUGCUCUACUCAAACAUUGUACUGGUGGGCGGCAGCUGUCAGUUCCCAUUCUUCAAAGAGCGGCUGUAA